UAGCGAUCAAAUAAGUAUUUAACUAUAUAGUUUGUACAGUUGCGUAGUAAUUAUACAAAUGACAUUGUUAUACGAUAAACUCCUGUGUUUGCGUUGUUUUGCGUUCAGUAAUCAAUUUUAAAAAGAUGCCAUUGCACACAUUGCAAUAACAUGUAUAAGGAAAAUUCAAUUAUACUAAUGUUUUCCUGUAAGAUGAGAAUUAAAUAAAAACCAUGUAGUAAUAGGAUUGACUUCUGGCUUUGUAUUAGCAACCAUGUUUUGUUUCCCACACUACAAUAAAAAAGCUCUUUAAUAAUAAUAUUUAUAAAUAAUAAUCUUUGAAUAAAUUAUUAUUUGCAUCCUGUUUUCAUAGUUGUAAUAUUUUUCUAAAACACUUUCAUGGUAAAUGAUUGCAUGUCAAAAUUUACAGUUAUUCUGAAAAUAUACUAUCUAUAUAUUAUCUAAGUUAGAUAAACAUGCUUUUACAUAAAUGAAAUCAUAUGAAUAUAAUCAAAAUGGGCCAAGGACUAUUUCGUUGAAAUCCAAUUCGACUGUAAAUAUUUACUGACAAGUUUAAUUUUAUCAAUAUUGUAAAUUUCUUCUUAAUUUCUUAACAAUUUAAUGUUUGGUUGCAUGUUCCUUUAAAGUUUAUUUUUUAUAAUUAUGCCCCCCUUCGAAGAAGAGGGGGUAUAUUGCUUUGCUCAUGUCGGUCGGUCUGUCGGUCGGUCCGUCCACCAGGUGGUUGUCAGACAAUAACUCAAGAACGCUUGGGCCUAGGAUCAUGAAACUUCAUAGGUACAUUGAUCAUGACUCGCAGAUGACCUCCAUUGAUUUUGAGGUCACUAGGUCGAAGGUCAAGGUCACGGUGACCAGAAAAAGUAAAGUGGUUUUUGAAUGAUAACUCAAGAACGCAUACGCCUAGGAUCAUGAAACUUCAUGGGUAGAUUGAUCAUGACUUGCAGAUGACCCCUAUUGAUUUUGAGGUCACUAGGUCAAAGGUCACGGUGACCCGAAAUAGUAAAAUGGUUUUCGGAUGAUAACUCAAGAACGCAUAUGCCUAGGAUCAUGAAACUUCAUAGGUAGAUUGAUCAUGACUUGCAGAUGACCCCUAUUGAUUUUGAGGUCACAAGGUCAAAGGUCAAGGUCACAGUGACAAAAAUCGUAUUCACACAAUGGCUGCCACUACAACGGACAGCCCAUAUGGGGGGCAUGCAUGUUUUACAAACAGCCCUUGUUUACAUAAACUUACUAUCUUUCUGUAGCUAUGUAAAAUGUGUUCACAGAGAUAAAUAUCUAAAUUAAAGUAAAUAAAAUUUUAAAAGAAACAAAUUUGAUUCCAUAUUUCGUAUGUAAAGGAUGAAAUAUGAUCAAAACAUUUUAUGGAGUGGUGAUGGCAUGUAGAUUCACCAUUGCCACUUUAUGUUGAGAGGUGGUAGCUUUUACAUUAACCCUUACCACUGUAUGUGGGGUGGUGAUGGCACGAAGAUUCACCCUUGCCCUUUUAUGUGGAGGGGUGGGGGCUUGUAGUUUCAUCCUUGCAACUUUAUGUGGGGGGUGGGGGCUUGUAGAUUCACAAUUGCCACUUUAUGUGGAAGAGUGGUGACAUGAAGAUUCGCCCUUGCCACUUUAUGUGUGGAGUGGUGGCAUGUAGAUUCACCCUUGUCACUGUAUGUGGAGGGGUGAUGGCACCUAGAUUCACCCUUGCCAUUGUAUGUGGAGGUGGCAUGUAGAUUCACCCUUGUCACUUUAUGUGGAGGGGUGGUGGCAUGUAGAUUUACCCUUGUCACUUUAUGUGGAGGGGUGGUGGCUUGUAGAUUCACCCUUGCAACUUUAUGUGGAGGGGUGGUGGCAUGUAGAUUUACCCUUGUCACUUUAUGUGGAGGGGUGGUGGCAUGUAGAUUUACCCUUGUCACUUUAUGUGGAGGGGUGGGGGCUUGUAGAUUCACCCUUGUCACUUUAUGUGGAGGGGUGAUGGCACCUAGAUUCACCCUUGUCACUUUAUGUGGAGGGGUGGUGGCAUGUAGAUUCACUCUUGUCACUGUAUGUGGAGGGGUAGUGGCAUGUAGAUUCACCCUUGUCACUGUAUGUGGAAGGGUGGGGGCUUGUUGAUUCACUCUUGUCACUGUAUGUGGAGGGGUGAUGGCACCUAGAUUCACCCUUGUCACUUUAUGUGGAGGGGUGAUGGCACCUAGAUUCACCCUUGUCACUUUAUGUGGAGGGGUGAUGGCACCUAGAUUAACCCUUGUCACUUUAUGUGGAGGGGUGUUGGCAUGUAGAUUCACUCUUGUCACUGUAUGUGGAGGGGUGGUGGCAUGUAGAUUCACCCUUGUCACUUUAUGUGGAGGGGUGAUGGCAACUAGAUUCACCCUUGUCACUUUAUGUGGAGGGGUGGUGGCAUGUAGAUUCACUCUUGGAACUUUAUGUGGAGGAUUGGUGGCAUGUAGAUUCACCCUUGUCACUGUGUGUGGAGGGGUGGUGGCAUGUAGAUUCACCAUUGUCACUGUAUGUGGAGGGGUGGUGGCAUGUAGAUUCACCCUCGCAACUUUGUUUGGAGGAUUGGUUGCAUGUAGAUUCACCCUUGCCACUUUAUGUGGAGGGGUGGUGGCUUGUAGAUUCACCCUUGCAACUUUAUGUGAAGGGGCGGGGGCUUGUAGAUUCACCCUUGUCACUUUAUGUGAAUGGGGUGGUGGCAUGUAGAUUCACCCUUCUCACUGUAUGUGGUGGAUUGGUGGCAUGUAGAUUCACCCUUGUCACUGUAUGUGGAGGAUUGGUGGCAUGUAGAUUCACCCUUGUCACUGUAUGUGGAGGUGCAGGAUUUGUGGCAUGUAGAUUCACCCUUGUCACUGUAUGUGGAGAAUUGGUGGCAUGUAGAUUCACUCUUGGAACUGUAUGUGGAGGAUUGGUGGCACCUAGAUUCACCCUUGUCACUGUAUGUGGGGGAUUGGUGGCAUGUAGAUUCACCCUUGUCACUUUAUGUGGAGUGGUGGUGGCAUGUAGAUUCACCCUUGUCACUGUAUGUGGAGGAUUGGUGGCAUGUAGAUUCACCCUUGCCACUUUAUGUGGAGGGGUGGUGGCAUGUAGAUUCACCCUUGUCACUGUAUGUGGAGGGGUGGUGGCAUGUAGAUUCACCCUUGUCACUGUAUGUGGGGGAUUGGUGGCAUGUAGAUUCACCCUUGUCACUGUAUGUGGAGGAUUGGUGGCAUGUAGAUUCACCCUUGCCACUUUAUGUGGAGGGGUGGUGGCAUGUAGAUUCACCCUUGUCACUGUAUGUGGGGGAUUGGUGGCAUGUAGAUUCACCCUUGUCACUGUAUGUGGAGGAUUGGUGGCAUGUAUAUUCACCAUUGUCACUGCAUGUGGAGAAUUGGUGGCAUGUAGAUUCACUCUUGGAACUGUAUGUGGAGGAAUGGUGGCACCUAGAUUCACCCUUGUCACUUUAUGUGGAGGGGUUGUGGCAUGUAGAUUCACCCAUGUCACUUUAUGUGGAGAGGUGGUGGCAUGUAGAUUCACCCUUGUCACUUUAUGUGGAGGGGUGGUGGCAUGUAGAUUCACCCUUGCCACUUUAUGUGGAGGGGUGGUGGCACCUAGAUUCACCCUUGUCACUUUAUGUGGAGGGGUGGUGGCAUGUAGAUUCACCCUUGCCACUUUAUUUGGAGGGGUGGUGGCACCUAGAUUCACCCUUGUCACUGUAUAUGGAGGGGUGGUGGCAUGUUGAUUCACCCUUGUCACUGCAUGUGGAGGGGUGGUGGCAUGUAGAUUCACCCUUGUCACUGUAUGUGGAGGGGUGAUGGCACCUAGAUUCACCCUUGCCACUGUAUGUGGAAGUGGCAUGUAGAUUUACCCUUUCCACUUUAUGUGGAGGGAUGGUGGCAUGUUUUUUUUUUCUAAAAAAAGAAGCUCGCUUAAGGCAACAUAACAUGAGUUUUAAAGGUCAAAUUUCAGGUGAGGUUUUCAGACAAAAGUAAAAUGUGGUGGCAUCCAUUUUUUAUUGGCUCAUUUAAAUAAACUUAAUAUUUUUUUGUUACAAAAUUUGUUGUGUUAGUAUGGUGUCUAGUAUCUUUUAUGUCUUUACUUUAUAAAAUACAGCCUUUUUUUGUGUUCAGUAGAUUACAUCCCAGUUGAAUUGAUAGAAAUGUUUCAGUGUACUAUCAAGAAGAGUCUUCAAUAAAUACAUGUGCUUUCAGUAAUACACAAUCAAGUAUUUGUGACAGGAAGGUUCUUAUUUCUUUAUACAUUUUCGAAGAAAAAUAGUAUUUCAUGUAGUUUAAAGAAUCAAUUGUUGUGGCUUCUUAAAAAAAGUUUAGUAUUAUA